AAUCUCUUUAAUAGCAGAUUAUUAUUAACAGUGCGGUAAUAAAGUUUAGUGACAGACAGAACUCAGUGUGUUGUUAACACAUUCGUUAAUUUAACUUCUUAUCGGUUGGUGGAGAAUUUGGAAAAAAAAUGGAGAAAGUGAAAAAAUCCGCGUUUUUUGUGCAAUGCUGUUCCACGAUAUGCAUCGCCUACCUCACCAGUUUGACCGGCUUCAUCUACGCGUGGCCGUCAUACACAGUGGCCAACUUCGCGUCCAACGAGACGGUCCUAUCUAGGCCUAUGACCACGUUGGAACUGUCCUUGUUAGGCACUUUGACCAACGUUGGCGCGUUGGCAGUGACGCCGUUUUGUGGGUACGCCUUGGACACUCUUGGCCGCAAAUACGCGGCUAUGUUAUUUGGCUUGCCGUUUGUUUUCACGUGGGCGGUGCUGUCGUUCACCGACUACAUUCCGCUGGUGCUGGUGGCAGUAGGGUUCGCAGGCGUUGGCGCCGCGGGCCAAGCAGUUUCUUCUGUGUAUAUUUCAGAAAUAUGCCAGGACUCCAUCCGCGGCGCCCUAACUUCCACCACAGUCUCGGGUUUCUUCCUAGGCCUGCUGUUCUCCUACACCUUGGGGGGACACCUGUCCUACCACCAAGUGGUGUACGUCCACCUGUCUCUGUCAGUGCUGUAUAUUGUCCUGCUUUCGGUGCUGAAGGAAUCGCCCGUGUUCUUGGUGCAACGAGGCAGGGAGGAGGAAGCAGCGAAAUCAAUAGCUUUCUACAGGCGAGUUGGAGUGUCCUCCAAAGAAGUCGAAGCGGAGAUCAUGAAGAUCAAACUACAACUGGAUCCGCGGAUCGAGACUAUACUGCAGGCUGAUAAUGAUCCUAAAGCAACCAAGGAACUUAUAGCCAAACCUACUGGGAAUAAGAGAGCAGAAUCAGCAUGGAAAUUUCUCAUGAAAUCAGAAUCGUCCAAGCGAGCGCUAGCCACAGCGCUAACAGUGAUGGCCAUCACGAUACUCAUGGGCUGCGUGGUGCUGCAGGUCUACGCGGAGCCACUCUUCAAGGAGGCAGUACCCUCGAUGAACUCCAACCAGUGCUCCAUAUUCCUGGCCUUGGACUUCCUGGUGGCUAGCGUCAUUUGCGCGCUGAUGAUGGACAGGCUUGGGAGAAAGUUUCUGAUGACCACGACAUCCAUAGCUUCUGGAAUCUUCACGCUGCUGCUCGGCACCCAGCUGCAGUACCACUGGGCGCCGAACUGGGUCACUGCGAUGCUGAUAUACAGCUACUGCUUCGUCUACAACUUGGGUGCAGCAGUGGUGCCUUUCGUGCUGACCGCUGAGCUGUUCUUGCCAGAAGUCCGAGGCCUCUGCAACAGCAUGUCCAUGGCUUGCAUGUGGAUCAUGAACUUCGUCACGCUCAUCGUCUUCAAUCCUUUAGUAGACAGCCUGGGUCUGGGCGCCAUCUUCUGUGGUUUCUCAGUGGUUUGCUUCUGCGGGGCCGCCUACAGCCAGUUCUGUCUUCCGGAGACCAAAGGACUGUCUGCUGAUGCCAUUCAGCUGCUUUUCUUGAAGAAGAGGAGAGUGACAAAUGAAGCUUGAUUGCUUCUUUAGGAAGAGUUUAGUAUAAUUUAGAGUAGACUAACGAGUAUUAUGAUUAGGAAUACCUGCCAUGUCUAUGUGAUAUUAAAAAGUGAUAAGUAGUACAUUUUGAAUCAAUUUUGUAUAAUCAUUAUCAUUAUAUUUGCAAAUGUUAG